AAUCGACUCAGAUUCGUCAAUUCUCGUUACUUUACAUAAUAGAAGCGUUUUUCCUAGUUUAGGAUAGUACAAUUCGACCGUCAUCGAAUCGCUGAGAGAGGCAAAGGUCAACGCGCGGGUCUGGCCCAGAAAAGAGCGUCUCUCGUCUUCUGGAGCUCCAAGUCCUCAGCUUCUCGCUCGCCCCUUCAACCACAAUGAAAUUCUUCAUUGAUGAUCUCCCCGUCCUUUUCCCUUACCCUCGUAUAUACCCAGAACAAUAUGCCUACAUGUGCGAUCUUAAAAAGACCCUCGAUGCAGGGGGUCACUGUGUUCUGGAGAUGCCUUCGGGCACUGGAAAGACCGUUUCACUGUUGUCGCUGAUCGUUGCCUAUCAGCAACACUAUCCAGAGCACAGGAAACUAAUAUACUGUUCCCGAACAAUGUCCGAAAUCGAAAAGGCCUUGGCUGAGUUAAAGGAGCUGAUGAAAUUUCGUUCCCAGCAACUGGGGUACACUGAAGACUUUCGCGCUUUGGGCCUUACGAGCCGAAAAAACUUGUGCCUUCACCCGUCUGUCAAACGAGAAAAGAGUGGUACAGUGGUCGAUGCUCGGUGCCGAAGUUUGACUGCUGGGUUCGUUAAAGAGAAGAAAGAGCGGGGUGAAGACGUUGAGCUGUGCGUUUAUCACGAUAACCUCGACCUCCUCGAACCGCAUAACCUCAUUCCUCCUGGAGUCUUCACCCUCGAUGGUCUACUCAAGUAUGGAGAGCAACACAAGCAGUGUCCGUACUUUUCAGCCCGGCGCAUGAUGCCGUUUUGCAAUAUCAUCAUCUAUUCCUACCACUACCUUCUGGACCCGAAAAUUGCCGAGCGAGUCUCCAAGGAGUUCUCAAAAGAUUGUAUAGUGGUCUUUGACGAAGCCCACAAUAUUGAUAACGUCUGUAUUGAGUCGCUGAGUAUCGAUAUCACUGAGGAUUCACUACGAAAAGCUACAAGGGGAGCAAACAAUUUGGAGCGGAAGAUCCAAGAAGUGAAGAGUUCCGAUGCAGAAAAGCUGAAUAACGAAUAUAUGAAACUUGUCGAAGGGUUACGAGACGCCGAACAAGCCAGAGAAGAGGACCAAUUUAUCUCAAACCCCGUCCUGCCCGACGACCUGCUCAAAGAAGCCGUUCCCGGGAAUAUCCGCCGUGCAGAGCACUUUGUCGCCUUUCUCAAGAGAUUUAUCGAGUAUCUGAAGACCCGAAUGAAAGUCACUCACACUAUCUCCGAAACUCCUCUCUCAUUUCUAAGCCACGUUAAGGAUUUGACUUAUAUUGAACGAAAACCCCUGAGAUUCUGUGCGGAACGCUUAACCUCACUCGUCAGAACACUAGAACUUAUCAACAUAGAGGAUUAUCAGCCGCUCCAAGAGGUGGCAACCUUCGCAACUCUAGUGUCAACGUAUGAUAAAGGUUUCCUCUUGAUCCUAGAGCCCUUUGAGUCAGAGGCUGCCACAGUGCCGAACCCAAUUCUCCAUUUUACAUGUCUAGAUGCCGCCAUCGCGAUCAAGCCAGUCUUUGAUCGAUUCAGUUCGGUGAUUAUCACGUCGGGGACCCUGUCACCUCUUGAAAUGUACCCUAAGAUGCUAGGAUUUACAGCGGUCAUGCAGGAAUCUUACAGUAUGACGCUCGCCCGUCGAUCGUUCCUUCCCAUGAUCGUGACUCGUGGGUCAGAUCAAGCCCAAAUUUCUUCCUCUUUCCAGAUCCGUAAUGACCCUGGUGUUGUGCGGAACUAUGGAAACAUCGUUCUAGAUUUCUCCCGUAUCACUCCCGAUGGGAUCGUGGUCUUCUUCCCGUCCUAUUUGUACAUGGAAUCUAUUAUUAGCAUGUGGCAGGGUAUGGGCAUCCUGGAUUCGAUAUGGAACUAUAAACUCAUUCUUGUUGAAACUCCCGAUGCUCAAGAAUCCUCACUAGCGCUGGAAACCUAUCGCACGGCAUGUUGCAACGGUCGUGGUGCCAUUCUCUUCUGUGUCGCUCGAGGCAAGGUUUCUGAAGGUAUCGAUUUCGACCACCACUAUGGGCGAGCUGUUUUGUGUAUUGGAGUUCCAUUCCAAUAUACCGAAUCCCGCAUCUUGAAGGCUCGUCUCGAGUUUCUCCGGGAAAAUUACCGCAUCAGGGAAAACGACUUCCUCUCAUUCGACGCUAUGAGGCAUGCUGCUCAGUGUUUAGGCCGCGUCCUUCGAGGCAAAGACGACUACGGAGUCAUGGUUCUCGCUGAUCGCCGAUUCCAGAAAAAGCGAAACCAACUUCCGAAGUGGAUCUCCCAAGCCAUGUUGGAAAGUGAAACAAACCUUAGUACGGACAUGGCAGUGGCAACGGCGAAGAACUUCUUACGUACCAUGGCCCAGCCAUUCAAGUCUAAGGACCAAGAAGGCAUUUCUACAUGGAGUCUUGCGGAUUUGGAGAGACAUUGUGAGAAACAGAUGUUCGAGGAGGAACGAGUACGACGACAAGCUCUUGCUAACGAAAACGGAGCAAACGCUACUCACAAUGGAGCUGUGGAUGAAUUCGAUGAAGGCAUUGAUGAAGACCUCAUGAUGCUUGAUGCCCAGUGAAGUUAACUCAUUUUGAAGAUUUAUUUUCUUUCGAUUUGUUUGCAUAAUCUCGCGUCGUCAGAUUUGACAUAAAAGCAUGAUACCACGGUGUUUGCGGUGUUUUACUUGGUAGAAAUGAAAUGAAAUAAAUGCAUGAUUUAAAUUCUAGC